ACUAGAAAGGAUCGGAACCUUCCAGAACCCGCUGGAUGCUUCUCGCCCCAUCCCCAGCCUACCCCCAUCACAAAAUCCCCAUUUCUAGACCAUUCCUUCCUUUCCUGCGCAACCAAACCAAAUCUCCCCGUCUCCUCUCGCCAGAGCACCACCAGCACCGUCGCCCUCAACCAACUCAUCAAUGGCGUCGCCGGCGCUGGGGGCGGGGACGCCGCCGUUCCUCACCAAGACGUACGCGAUGGUGGACGACCCGGAGACCGACGACACCAUCUCCUGGAACGAGUCCGGCACGGCGUUCGUGGUGUGGCGCCGCGCCGAGUUCGAGCGCGACCUCCUCCCCAAGAACUUCAAGCACAGCAACUUCGCCUCCUUCGUCCGCCAGCUCAACACCUACGGAUUCAGGAAGAUAGGCCUUGACAGGUGGGAGUUCGCCAACGAGUGCUUCAGGAAAGGGGAGAAGCGCCUGCUCAGCGCGAUACAGAGGCGGAAGGGAUCUGGCGCCGGGGCGCCGGCGCCCGCCAUGAUGGCGACGCCGAUUGCGACGGCGAUUCCGAUCUCGCCCACGCCGACCAGCUCCGGCGGGGACGCCGCGGUCUCUUCGUCGCCGCCGCCCGGGCUGGCGCUGGUGGCCACCGGCGCGAUGGCCGAGCUGGAGGAGGAGAACGCGCGGCUGCGGCGCGAGAACGCGAGGCUGGCGCGGGAGCUCGCGCGCGCGCGCCGCGUCUGCGACGGCGUGCGGCACCUCGUCUGGCGGUAUGACCACGGCGGGGAGGAAGUGGGGGAGGAGGACGAGAGGCACGGCGCCGCAGGCGCGAAGCCGAUGCUGUUCGGCGUCGCGAUAGGGAGCAAGAGGUCGCGCGAGGACGGGCACGGGGGAGGGGAUGAGGGAAAUGGGGCAGAGGAGGACGGCGAAGACGACGAGGAGGAGCAAGAACACGACGAGGACGACGAGAGGCACGCCGCCCGGCGAGAACAAGGGAAGGCUAUGAGGACGGAGCGGUCGGAUCUGAAUGUGCUGUCGCUGUCCGUGCGGGCGGCGGCGGCGGCGAGGCCCGACGGGGGCUCGCGUGAUCGUAGCGGAAACCACUAGUAGGAUCUAAAUCCACCUCGGGUGAUCGUAGCGGAAGCCACUAGGAUCUAAAUCGUGUACCACUCUAGCUCGCAUUAUGACGUCUUUGUAUCUUGACGUGACAAGAAUUGCAUUGCUGGUAGCACAAUGUAGAAUCAGCAAAACCAUGUAGAACAACUGGUAGAUUGUUCGGUAGUUAGGGCCUGUUUGAUUUCCAUCUAGACCUAGGGUUGGGAAAAUGAGAAGAAUUGGAUGCCAUGGUUUAUUGUA